AUGUUCUACAUUGUAAUUGACAUUUCCCUUGAUCGGGUGCUAAAAAACCUUUACAUCAACAAAAAUCAGGUGGAAUUCCUCGAAUCUGAGCGCCUUGUUGUCGGCUCUAGUGAGCAGGGACUUUCAAACCUCACUGGUAUGACCAUAGAGAAGCUAAACAGACUCUUUGAAGACAUGCGGCAGAAUUCAGCCAAAGCGGCUGUAGAUCUCCUUGGAAAGAUGCUUUCUUGUCUCAUGUCGACCUCCAAAACGCACGAAUUCAUGACAGAACAAAUAGCCAAAACUCUGAAGACUAUUCCCGUUUCGAGUGUUCUCGGAACAUUUUCCUUUGUUCUCGCAGCGCUUAUUCUUUCUGGCGAAUCGAAACACGCACAGCAAAUAAUGAAGCAUCUUUGCGCCGCCACUGCGUACACCUACACCAGCAAUGACCUAAUUUCGGGAUCAGCUUUUCUGCGAAAAGUGUGCGUUCCGCUUCAGGAGCCCGAAGCUACCGCUGAUCAAAUCCUCACCAACUGUUCGAACACCGUAUGGAGCGGUGUGGUGAACGGUUUGAUCCGCUACUGCUUCGCGUUGCUCAAGUCAGUUGGCGGGGCUCUUGGCCGAUUUGGUUGCGCGGGUGUUGGGGAGGGUGGGCCCCUGGGCCAGGGCCGUUGUCAGGCCGCCAAGUCCCAACGCGCUCUGACGGUGCGGAAAUUAAUCCAGCUCCAACAACAGCAGGAUCACAACCUUUCCUCUUCUUCCUCUACUUUGUCUCCAAAGUUGCGAAUCUCUCGUUUGGCUAUCAAUGUACUCACGGAAAUUUUUCAGGCUCUAACAGGAUUUCGUGAGAUCAUCGUGGGCACCGCACUGCAUUAUAUCUGGUCGGAGCCGGGCAAAUUAACGUGCUUUCAAAUGACAGAAUUGUUGGGUGAGUUGGCUGCUCUCUGUCCAGUGGAAUUCGCUGAGGCUUCAGCGGAAUCGCUCAUUCCCCUUAUGGAGUGCCUUGGCACCUUUCCACUGGAGGUCUCUACAGCCCUUCUCCAUGCCCUCCUCCCUCUUUUUGUGGUCUCCGUCUCUUCUAUCAAAGCCAGUAACGCUGGUGGUGGUUCCAUCGGCGGCAAAUCUAUGGAAUCCCUUGUUUCCCUCCAAUCCCGUGUCAUUCUGACUCUGCGAAUGAUGGCUAUUAACUACUCAGCUCCCGUGCGCCGAAUUGCUGUCGCGGGAUUUGUCAUUUUGCUCAAGAACCUCCGAGUAAGAAGCUCCAAUUUCCGCACCGCCUCGCAGCAGUCUUGGUCCAUUAGCUCUCACCCUUCAGCGACCAGUCAACCCUGGUUUUCCUCCCUCGCUUCCUUCUCCCAGAUGCCCAUCUCCGGAGGUUUCCCUUUGUUCUCUCAGAUCAACAAUACACAGGUGGCACAGGCAGUGACAAUGUUGCCAACGGAUCCAAUGCGGAAUGAAGCCCUAUGCACUGAAAUUGUGGGCCUUCUGCACCGCCUGAUCAACUCCACCUUCUUCGGUGGUACCUGUGGGCCCCUUCUUAACGAUAGCGCUGCUCUAGUGAAGUCGGACAUUUACUGGGGUCUAUGUGAGGUAGCAGUAUCUAACCGCGGUCUCGUCGGCCCCGUUUUGACGCUCUUUGCCCGCCUCCUCUCGGCCUCCAUCGAUCCAGCCUUGGUGAAGUGGAAGCCUGUCUUUAAGGAUGGUGCCUUCGGCCUUCCGCAAGCAUUCAAUGGUCUCCCGCUAAAAUUGAGCCAACUCAUCUCUACUGACCCUGAGUCUGGCUCCGAAUUGUGCUUCCAAGAUCAUCCAGAGGUCCUCGUGUGGUGUCUACAGAUCCUUCUCAGCUUGCCUCUUUUCCGUCAUCAUUGGUCACGUUUUGCGCGCACCUUCGCCGAGCCAAGGCCGAGCAGUAUGUCGGAGUCGUCCACUUCCAGCCAAUUCACCCAAUCCUCCACCCAAUCAAUGCCUGCCUGUGGACCUGGCGGCCUCUCCAUGCGCGUCUUCAGUCGUGCCGCCAGUCUCCUCAUCAAUCUUGCCUCUGGGCUGCGCGAGACGGCGCUGGACGAGUUUGGCUUGACACCUGACUUGGAACUGGACUCCACUGCAGUAGGACAUGCGAACCGCGCGCGUUUGACGAUGCUUCUGGGUCUCUAUGAUGCAUGUUUGGAAUUUGAAGCAAAAAACCUCCUCAGCGCUGUCACCGACCCCAAUGCCACCUGGUUUCACUUGAAGCGCCUUUUUGCUCAUCGUGAGUCUGCGCGAAAGCUCCUCUUCCACCUCCCAGAUGAGGAGAGUAAAGAGACCCCGACGGCUGCAGCCUCCAUUGCCUCCACCUCCGAGGUCAGCACCAACGUCUGCUUCGUGGGCACCUCCGAGGGGCGUCUGCGUGGCGCUCUUCUGCUGUCCGGCCUGCGAUCGAUAGUGGAAGCACUGCCACGGGCCCUCCUCUCCGCUUCCGUAGCGCCAACUUUUGCACUGCACCUCCUGCAGACGACCUGCGCACGCCUCUCUGAGCUCACCUCUACAAAUGCAGGGGGUGGUGGCAGCAGGUUCACCCAACAGCCCCUCCUCUCUGUCGUCUAUCGCGCCGCCUUCGUUCGUAUUGUGGCAAGGAUUCUGCGUCUCACGAUCCGAUUCUAUGCGGCUCAUCUGGAAGCUGUAGAGGGUGGAACACAGAACCCGGUAUCUACAGAAUCCACGGCAACAGCGGCGUUGCAAACUACUGCGCUUUGCCUCUGGGUUGUUACAGAGGGCCUUGGGAGUCGACGUCUCCUGCGACUCGUUUGUUCACUUUAUUCGGUGGCAGUUGCACCCAAACCGCUCUCCGAGGACGAUGUUGACGGUGAGAAGGUGGAGGGGGAGGAGAAUGGGAGCAGAGAUGAGAGCAUUAAUAUCGAGGCUGAACACUCCUGGCAGCAGUCUGUGUCGAAUCAGUCACGCUCUCUAACUGCUGUCGUGAAGCUAUUCAAGGGGUGGGUGACGCGUAUUCUGUCCGCUACGUCACCGUCCAUAGGUGCCUCUACUCAACACUCGAUUAAAAAAUUGGCGACUGCUACCAACCGUCGAAGUGCCCUUCUCACUGACCUCACAAUCCUUCUGCCAAUGCUGAUCCGCCUUUGUGAAGCUAGAACUGCUCUUCUUUCUGCUACAUCCGCUAAUAACAGGCAAGCAGACAUUUCCUCAUCACCAAUUCCGGAUUUCUCUGGGCUGGAUCGGGUGCUGAUUUGGCUGCUGCGUCUUUUGGGCAUCAAAGAGGAGGCUUUUGAAGUUACAGUGGACUGCCACGUGGCAGCUCAGACGGUACGUCUUGUACUCCAACUUGCACGUCUGCUGGGUUCUGCGACGGCCUCUGCGUCGCGCGACUCGACCAAUGUAGCGCACCGACGUUCCUCCACCAGCACCGCCUCCAUCGCCGACCUCACCUGGGACGACCUCGUCAUCCUCCUCGCCGCUGACGUCCGUGCUAUCCUCGGCUGUAUUGAAAGCGAUCAUUUGGACUCCGUUGACAAGACUUCUCUUUCCUCGCAAUCGACUUCUUACUCGCCUCCACGUGAACCAUCGAAGAAGGUGACCUUCCCCGUGGUAGAUGGCAAAAGUGCGGCCAAGUCGGUUCUGCAGGUGUUGAUGUCAGCCCUCAAUCAAGCCUUGGAGGAUGUCCUCUGGCUUGUCGAGGACGUCGAGCAGGGGGUGCAACGAGAUAUCCUUGAAAAUGGAUCCUUUGCAACAUCAAGGGGCGCUGCAGGAGGAGGAGGCAGUUCCUUUGUUUUCACAAAUCUGCCUGACGCCAGAAAGGCUCGCGAGAUAUCUGUGUGUGAUAUGCUCCUCACUCUUGGUGAGGCUGUCGAUGAGUUACUGCAGACGUCCAUGCAACCUUCCUAUGCAUACGAUGUCAUUCGAUUGACAACGGGUCUGUUCGACCUCCUGGUCAGGCUCACUAAGCAUUACAUUACUAUUGUUCAGCGAAAUGUCGGCACCUUCCCGGCCACCUUCGAACGAGUGGUCCGGGAAGCAGAGAAGGGUGAUACUAAACCCACAAAAAAGGCAAAAAUAGACUACACAUUCACAAAGCCGAAAAAUCAGGUUCCCUCCCGACUGAUGAUGUCUCGUAAUCUGAAGGACGCCAAACUGAUUCCUCAGUUAAUUUUCGCCGUCGAACAGUACGAGAGUCUCUUGUCCACUCUUUCAAAGAGGUCUAAGGUCCCCCUCAUUGACAAUAUCUGUAUGGGACUGUCGAGGGACUUCCGAAUCAACCAAGCCUCUGCACUGGCUAGUCUGGAAGCCGAAGCGGAGAUUGACAUUGAGGCCGACAUGGAAUUGCCCUCCUUGAGUGAAGUGGAAAAGCAACCAUCGGACAAACUCGAAGACGGCGUUGGUACUGACAAUGAAGAUGAUGAUAGAGAUGGUAGCGGUGGAAUUGGGGGCCCGAUUGCAGGGCGAAAACGACCUACUUUCUGUGUCAAGUAUCAUUCGACGAAGUAA